AUGGCCGUCUUCAAGAUCAACGCCCUCGCCAGUGUUGUAGCACUCCUGGGCGUCUUUGCCUCGACAACUAUUGCCGAAGCUGCGUACUCGGAUUGCUCCUCCACUCUGCCCCCCGUCACCCAGGAGUCCGGACUCACGACCUCUGAAGGCACUGUCCUUUUCACCUGGAGUGUCUGCAACAUCGUCCACCAGACCGCGUGCUCCGUCUCUACUUCUGUCAGUGGCGGCGCUCCUCCCGCCCCGACCGACGUUGCUGCCACCGUCCCAGGCGAAGGUCAGAUCUCGUCGUACGCCGAAGCCGAACACGGGACUUCCGUCCAUGGGGAGAACGAGCCCAGCCAGUCCGUCCCCUACGAGAGCGUUCCCGCCGGCGGCUCCCAGCCCGGUUACUCUGUCCCUCCUCCUAGAGCCACUGGCCCUGGCGAGAGUGGCCAGCCAAGCGUGCCCGGUGAGACACCCACUGCCGCCACUUACGCGUCUGGAAACCCGUCCAGCGCCUAUCCGGAGCCCUCCGAUGGCUAUUCGGACAAUGCCUCGCACUCUCGCACCGGAACCAACCCGACUGCUACUGAUGGCGAGACGCCCUCCGGUGCUUCGGGCACUCCCACUUCGACUGCCACUGGAGCCGCCACUAUGGCCAACCCUCUCUCUGCCGCCAUCCUUGGUGUUGCCGGCAUGGUCGUUGCCAUUUUCUUCUAA